AUGCUACAACUACCUGUAGAAGAACUACCACGCAAGCGCGAGGAACGUGAUCGUUUUUGGCUUCAAGAAUGGCCCAGACGAGAAAAGGAGCCCAUCAACAUCGGUGAUUCAAUGGCUAAACUGUGGUUGUUACAAGAUCCGAAUGAUAAAGACGAUCCAAAUGGAUUUCGCGAAGUGGUGCUCAUGUGUGAGAAUUGCAUUUCUGAUGGUCAGUCUGUGAGUAAUGCUGCACAUCCUCUCGAACAAGACUGUGCAUGCAUGCGAGCAACCGUUGCCUUGGGGAUUUCGAUGGAGGCUGCGAUUCGUAGCAGUCUGUCGGUUGUUAAUCGAAUUCUCACGCUGAGUCGAUUCUCUUUCUCCACAAUUCAUACACUUAUAGCUAACAGAUUACCCGUUGCAAGAGUGUCCUUCGCCGAAGUUGAUUUCGAUAUCAAUGAGAUGGAUCAAUAUUGCCAUACGGAAAUUGUUCACGGCGUGUUGAACAAAGAAAUGACGGCCAAGUUACUAGUAAAAUGUCGUCAGAAAGGAGUAACGGUGACACCUGCUGUGACCAGCACUAUCUUAGCGAUAACGGCUGCCGUUCGUUGA